AUGAUCACCAUAGUGGCCGCUGUUGUCGCCGUCCUCGCCAGCAUCCUCAUGUUUGGAUUCGGGAAGAAACGCUUCGAUCCCGCGGGACAGUUCUGCUACAUUCCCGGCGGUUCUGCAGGUCUUGGCAAGUCACUCGCGGCUGAACUUGUUCGUCGCGGGGCGCAUGUCGUGAUCGUUGCCCGAGGGGCCCAGCGCGCUGGCGAGACGGUUGCGGAGCUCAAGACCCUCGCCAAGCCCGACCAGAAGAUCCUCUUCGUCACUGCCGACCUAUCUGAUCAAGUCUCGUCUGCACGUGCGCUGGACGAGGCGGCUGCGUCGUUCGAUGGCCGCGCGCCGGACCAUGUCUUCCUAUGUGCGGGCAUGUCGCGGCCCAUGCUCUUCAUUGACACGACGACCGAGGACCUCAAGGCUAACUUUGACGGUGUUUACUGGGUGUCGGCGUGGACUGCGCAUGCGGUGGUCCAGAUGAUGGUCAAGCAGAAGGUGCAGGGGACGCUUACCUUCGUGUCGUCCUUCCUCGGAUACACCACGUUCGCCGGGUACUCGACAUACACGCCCGCCAAGUUUGCGCUGCGCGGCCUCGCUGACACACUCCGAAACGAGCUCCUCCUCUUCGGCAUCAAGGUGCACCUGUAUAUGCCCGCGGGGAUGCUCUCGCCUGGCUACGAGGAGGAAAACAAGACCAAGCCCAAGGUCACGCAGAAGAUUGAGGAGGGCGACAAUCCCAUCUCGUGUGAAGCCGCCGCCGCCAUCCUCGUCAAAGGCCUCGAGCGCGGCAACUACCAGAUCACAAACGACUUUGUCACUGACCUGGUUCGCGUGAGCGCCAAGGGUGCUGUCCCAAGUAACGGGCCGCUCGAUGUUGUCUACAGCAUCAUUUCAGCUAUCGGCCUGCCCGUCUGGCGCAUGAUGACGGACAGCCAGGUCCGCGCGUCGAGCAAGCAGGUCGACGCCGACCUGCAGGCGCGUGGCUUCUACGCUUAG